GGUGCUGCCUGUUAGGUGGUUUUGUUGGGAGACAAGAACCAAAUUCAGCCACUAUUGUUGACCCCAGAAAUGCGUAUACAUGUACAUAAUUAUUACGUUCAUCUUUACGGUAUCGGUUUCGUCAACACACAGCUUAAAAGACGACCAAUCUAUAGGAACUCCAUCUAUAGGCCCUAUACCCGAAGUAGAGACUGAAGCGAGUACAGAGUGGAUAGGUCGUGGGAGAAUUUCGACUUGAUAUCGGCGCAGUUUUAUACUCUGCAUGCCCGGCGAUACCCGUGAGGUCGUUCUCGAAACCUUUCUUGGAUUUUAAAGUCUUGAGAACUGUUGUGGAUUGUUUCCUAUAGUACUGUUUGGAAAAAGGAAUACUGCAGAACUUUUCAUCGUUUUGACUUGAGAAAAAACGUGGUAGUUUAAAAAUGACUUCAUGAACACGAGCAUUUCCCCUGCCAGGAUCUUAAUUUCUCCAGGAUUGAACAUAAAAGUGGAUAUUCUAUAAUGUUUUUGGGUCUGUAAUGCCACAUUGAAGACUGCGUUUGAAGUCGUCAGCCAUUGGCUUUAAUCACCAUGACGACUGGUAUAAGUGAAAAAGAUACCACCGAUGCCACCUGUGCUCAAUGUGAUGAUGCUGCCGCCAAGUUCUACAGCGUACAGGGUGAAGAGAAAACACUCCUCUGCUCAAGCGAAUGUCAUGAGACAUUCUACGAAAAACACCCUGGCGAAUCCAAACCAAUGUUAAUUGAACUUGAAGAGGGGAGUGAUCAAGGAAAAGAUGAUACUGAGGAGGAACUGAGCCCGGUAUUCAAAGCGUGCCACCGUGGGGAGGAGAAUCUCAUGAACCUCCAAUCGCAGUUCCAGAUGUACGGUGAGAGCCCAAACCAGAAGAACUCAAAGGGCCAAACCUUGCUGACGUACGCCAUUGCUAAAGGUGACGUCAGAACGCUUGACAUGCUGCUAUUGGCUGGUGCGGAGAUUGAUGCGCAAGAUGGCGACGGGAAUACUGCGCUGAUUUUGGCAGCACGUCUCGAGUCGGAACAGAAGGUGGAGUUUUUGUUGAAAAAGGGAGCGAAAACAACAGUUGAAGACUUUGAAGGAAAAAUGGCCUUGCAUAGAGCAGAACAAAACAAGGAAACAAAAUGUGUAGAAUUGCUCCUAGAGAAAGAUCCGUCUCUUGUACAUAAGACGGACAGUCAUCAGCAAACGGUCGUGCAUCUUGUAGCAGGCGAGGGGAACGAGGUGAUCCUUCGCUAUCUCUUGGAACACGAUGGCAAGAAGGACGAGGUGGAUAACGUUGGUCGAACCCCGCUACACUGGGCUGUCAUCCAGGGGGUGAAAUGCACCGUUGAAAUCUUAAUGGAAGGAGAGGGCGAGAACGCCAUCGAUGUUAAAGACAAGUUCGGGUUCUAUCCAAUCCACUACGCAGUACAGAUCAACCGACCAGACAUCGCAAGGGUACUCGUACACAGUGGAUGCAAUCUUGGUCUUGUCGACUUUCCUGGUAGGACACCAUUCGUCUACGCAGCCUCAUGUGGUUACAUGGAAAUAUGUGAAAUCCUACUGGAAGGGAAGAUGGAGAUAGAUGCUUCUGAAGGCGACGGAUGGACUGCGUUACACUUCGCCGCAUCAAAGGGAAACAGCGACCUCUGCCGGCUGCUUCUCAGCAAAGUGACAAACAUCGACCCAACCAAUAGGAAUCUGAACACACCUCUUCAUCUUGCCACAGCCAAUGAGCACAAAGAAGUUGUUGAAAUUCUCAUGAAUAAUUCAUCGAAAGGCGUAGGAAUGAAAGAUGAGGAUGGCAGAACACCGGUCCACAAUGCAGCUGAAUGUGACUAUCUAGAAGUCCUUAAAAUUCUCGUGAAGUCCCUCGAAAAACCACAAAAAUCAGAGCAGGGAACAGAAAGCAAAAAAGACGGACACCAAAGCGAAGAAAAUGUGCUGGACAUCAGGGAUAAUGACAAUCAUACCUCACUCUACCUCGCAGCCUCACGUGAAUACAAACAAUGCUGUGAGGUUCUAUUGGAACGAGGUUCGAGCGUAGAUGAGGAGACCCGACCAUACCUCAUCACGAUGGGGCUCAUUGAGGAACCAAAAGAAGAGGUACAAGAGGAAGAGGAGGAGGAGGAGGAGGUUAAGGAGGAUGAGGUUGCCACUGUACAGGAGGAAGAGGGAGCAAUGACUGCGAGGGAGAGGUACGCCUCCAGUGUGACCCCGCCCACUGAAGAUCCUCCAAUCGAUCUGGCUCCGGAGACCGACGCCGAGGCUGUGGCCAACAAUUCUCGACACAUUCAGGAGGACAAAGUCAUGUCGGCUCGGUCUAGCUCAAACUCCUGGAAGUCCAAUGCUAAAUAUGACAGCUGGAUGAAAUUUAUGGAAAAGCAAAAAAUAAAUAAAGACAAAAUGCGUCGAAAGUACCGCACCAUACCACAGUUUAUGGGGUCACCCUACCUCCAGCCUCAAGUUGACUGCAAGGUGUUCAGAAGAUAUCUGAUUGGCCAUCGGACGGCGCAUGAUAUAUACAGUAGUGAUGAUGCAAUCAAUCAUAAGUGGAUUUACAACAAUAAGUCCAAAAAGCCACGUUCGCGAGGAAGUAGUUCCGAGAAGUCGGAAUGGAAUGAGAGAUUUUAUAAAUCAGAGUAAAACAAAUGGUUGUACAUUUCACAACGUGUACAUUUAUUUUUUAAAUUGUAUUGUAUUUUUGCAAGCUCAAAAUAUUAACCGAGUCUGUAGGUCGGUGUACAUGUAGGCCUACUUAAGUUUUGAUAAUGCCUUAAAAAAAUGGGUAAUUUUGAUUUUUUUUUUUAAAUGCUAUACUUGAUAAAAAGAUUUUGAUCUGGAUAAAUAUUCUCAACGCUCUUAUAAAAAAAAUAGCCGAACGAGAAGAUGAUGAGCAACAUUUGCGAAAUUGUUGAAUAUGUUGAAUCUGCAAAGAUCACCUGCAGGCGCCUUUUGGAGAAUCAAUGUUCAUGGUGUCCUUUUGUGGAUGCUUCGGCCAGAGAUGCGGUUCGCUGGUUUCCGCAGUCACCUGCUGGUUAACCAUAAGGCUAUGGAUCCGAUGUUCACUGGUGAUGAUUGUUAUUAAUAGAUGUUAACAUCUAUUAUAUAGAUGUUAACAUCUAUUAUA